AUGGAGGAGAUGGAAAAAAGUUAUCCUCAAUAUGACGACUUCAGUUAUGAUGACCUAACGACAGCUUUUAGUAGGUUGGAUACAAAGGUAAGGGGAGAGGUUAUGUAUGAUGUUGAUCCUUUAGUAUUAACUGAUCUUAAAAGUGAACUAGACUAUGUAAGGAAUCUCAUGGAGAGACGUGCAAUAGAAGAAACAACUUUCACCGAAGGAAACGAUGGUACAGUAAACAUUUCAGGACCAUCAGGAACUACAAACAUUCCAGGAGUAGAAUUUGUGGAAGAUCCGGAUGGUCUUCUUCCAGUUGUGCUAGAUAUAUUUAAUGAUACUUUUGAUACUGACUGGUUUAACAUAGAGAAACGUCUGGAACGACUAAAUAAACUUUCUUCAGUGGAGAAGAAGAGGGACUUUAGAAACCAGGUAGAGCGUGUUCAAGCUGUCACAAGAGUUAUUAAAGGUAAGGAGGGACUAAUACUAGACCCUAAGAAUAAAUAUGUCAGGGAACUCAUCAAACGAUCAUCUGUCAGAACACUUAAUGAUGGCACAGAGGUGUUGGUAUUUAGAAGUGAACAAGGUAUUGACAAAAGUGGGACACAGAUAAUGAAACGUG